AGCUGCCUCCGGUGUACAUAAAUGGCAUAUGCUGCUAUGUGCACACGUACGCAGCUGAGAGAUUUACCUCUGGACACUUCCCAUGGCUCCAAGAGGUCCCAGUUUUACUUGUAAAUGUCACAUAACUUGAUGCAGAUGUCAGCUGAGCUACACGUCACAGCCUCCUAAGCUCCUUAUCAGUAUCAAACCAUCAAGGAUAUUGGUUGUAGAAAUCCGGCCAGUGAGAUGUAUCAUUGACACCCCUUCAGGACCAUCUCGCACAGCAAAGUGGAUGACUUACAAACACUGGAAGGAGCUGCGUUUAAUGCUGAACGAGAUUGCUGAUCAGUAUGAAGAGCAAAGGACCCUCCAGAAGGCCACAGAAGACAUAGAAUGUAAUAAAGGGAAAACCAAAGAAGGCUCAUCAAUAAAGAUAGGGUACAUGUUCACCACAUAUCGAAAGUGUUCUUGCGUAUAUUUGACACCUAGAGAUUCAAACACUUGGUCUGAUGAUGAUGAUGAUGAUGAUGGUGAAUUACGAGAUAGAGGUGGAAGAUACCAACACUUUUUACCUUGUGGUGAGAUGUUGGUAGUAAGUGUUGCUCUCCAAGAGAAUCAGCCUCUCAGUCAGCCCAAGGAGAGCCAAGAUGAUGAUUUAGACUUGCAGUGCUCAAGUGGAUCCCAGGUAGAAGGAAGGACGUCUUUCAUGAGCCCGGCACGAACGGAUCGCCAGCUCCUGAGAGCCUUGGAUAGCUCCAUAGUCUUUACCAAUACCAUCUCUGACUAUUUUGAAAGCAGCCAGAAAAAGUCUGUUUCACAAGUUUCGUCCAUGCAGUCUAAAAGCACAUCAGAAGACACUCUGAAAGACAAGCAGUCAGUGCUAAAAAAUAUGGCAAAUAAAUCAAGAAUGAAACAUGGCAAGAGGAAAAUUAGAGACUCAUCUACCAGCACUCAUGCCAGUUCAGAAAAUGAAUUUCCAAACAAGAGGCAAGUCUCCAAAUCCAUUUUUGAUACAGAUAACAGUUUUUCAUAUGACACAUCUCCACAAGGGCUUGACACAGCAAACCUUGACUAUAUAUUUACUGAAGAAUUUUCCCAGUGCACAUUUGUCCCUGCUGUAGAGGAAAAUUCUGAUAAUAGCUUGAAAAUAAGCAAGGAAUUUGAGCAUUCCUUACACACAGAUAACAGUGCUGCGUAUUCAGGUAGCAACCUUUUGCAUAAUACUCGGGAUAAUUCACAAGUCUCAAAACUAAAGUCAUCUGUGUCUGUACAGAUUAAAGUGUCAGUAGACAAAGCCAAGUCACCCUGUGAGAAUGUAAAUGAUGAUCAUACUAAAUCAACUCUUACAAAAGAUAGUUCACGUACUGGUGAUGAAAUGGAACAUCAUAGUCUUCAUUCUCCUGCUGGAAACAGUAUACAAUCUUCACCUAACAAGUCUUGCAGCCCAGUCCUUAAACGACGAUCAAAGAAUCACACACUGUCAUAUCUUUUGCAGGUAACUACAAAUCGAAGUAAAAGCAAGCAUGACGAUCUUCACAUAAAAAGAGAUGUGGAUACAGAAAAAAGAAAAGAAACCUCUCCUAAUUACGUGGACAAGUUUGACUCUACAGAUUUAUUUUCACCAGACAGUAUCUUCACUCAAGAUUUUCCCAGUAAAAGUGCAGCAGAUUUUCAAAAAAUGGUGAAACCAGAGCAUAGACAAAGGGACAGGAGGGCAAGGAAAUUAAAAGGACAAGAAACAGUGAAAGCAAAAAUGAAAUUGAAAGUAUUGUUUGGUGAUAGUGAAAUGCCACAUAGUGAAGCAGAGGACCAUAAUGAGAGAAAAGACUCUCCAGAAUCCAAAUGUAGUGUAAGUAAAGAAUGCGUAACAAAGCCUCUAAAACUAGAGGCUGUGGCAAAAAAUUGCUGUGCUGAUGAUGCCAGCACAUUUCGAAGAAGUCAUAGGAUUAAACAGUACAAAGAAAAAUUUGCCUUGAUAGAAAAGAACAAUUCUUGCGAUGAAACUACCUCAGAAUUAAAUGUAUCUGAAUCUGCUAGCACUGAAGCUAAAAGCCAGCCUUCUCAGGGAACAGACUCUGCACACUCAAAACAGCAGCCAGAUAAUGCCACUCUUAAUGUUAGGGACGUGCUAAUUUCGAGCAGGAAAGUAAGAAAAGUGUGUUCCUCCGCCAAGACCAUGAAAGCAAUUGCAGAGUUGGACAGGAUAAGAAAAGACAUGGAGAAGUUAGAUGAACUUCAAAAUGAUGAUGACCUCAUGUGCUCAUCCCAAAAUUCCUGUAAAGAUUUUGUAACAAAUAAACCAAAGAAAGGUAGACCUAUGUGCAAAAAAUCAAUGAAUAAACUUGCGAAUCAGUCAAAACUAGAUGGCUGGAUUACUCCAAAAGAAAAUGGAAACAAGGGUGAUACAGAAAGUGAAAACUCAAUUUCAAAAAUGAAAAGCAAGGAAAAUGGAGCAACUUCAGAAAUAAAAAACACAAGGAAUAGAUUGGGUAGAACUUCAAAAACAGCAAAACGAAAGACAAGUGAAGUUAUUUCAAAAACAAAGUGUAGAAAGAAAAGUGAGGGAAGGACUCAAGAAACGUCGACUCAGAAAAGUAUGAAGAGACAAAGAACAGAUUCUUCAGUGGGGAAAGGUAAUAAAAAAGACAAAAAAAGUCUGUUUGAACCAAUUAGAACUAGGAAAAUUGAAGUUGAUUCAGUUUCUUGGAGAGGCAGUAUUGUGAAUGAUAAUCAGAUAAGUUCCUCAAGUGAUUAUGGUCACACCAAAGAAAAAAUGGAAAACUCAGACAACAUUAGUAGUAAUAUGGAAUUAAGUGAUUGCAAUUUGGGUUCUGACCAUAAUUUCUCCAGUUUGCCAAACUGUGAAAUGUCUUUAGGUGAUAGCUUCAGACUGGAGGCAGAAAAUCCUUGCGAUAGUUGUUCCUUGCCUGAUUUAGACUUAAACAGAGAGUGUCAGUCUGAAAGUGGUGAGGACUCUAGCGAAGCUCAGGACAACCACCUAUUCCAAGACGAGACAAAAAGCUAUAACCAAAGGCUUUUUGCAGAUGAUGACAAUGAGGACUUAAAUAUGAGAUAUGAUACUAGUUCACCAGACAGCCCACAUGAAUCUUACAACAAAGAUGACGAACUGCCAACUGGGAGCAACAAGAAAGCCUCUGAGGAAGCUUCAUCCAUUUCAUCCCUUAUUGCCAUUCGUAACAGGCUCUCAGCCAUCUCCCUUGAAGACCUUGAACUUCGGAUGCACGAUGUGUUGCCCUACCUCAAGAAAAUUAUGAAGGGUCGGGAGCCAAGCAGGAGACAUGAGAUUUUUAGAGAAGGUGGAAGAGAGUUCAGAAAUAUGUCGGAUGAACUUAUAUAUGGGCCUUUCUCAGAAGAACAAAUAUUGCAUGUAAUUGAAUGCCUGGAGAGAGAAUUUUCAAAAAUAGUUGAAAAAGCUUGUGGGAAGCACAAGGUAAACCAGUACCUUUGGAGAGUACUUGCCCCAACUUUUUUUAUCAAAAUCGUAAUGGAAAAUGAAAAGCUCACCAGUUCUGAGGCAGAAAAAACAUUGGCUGAAAUUUCAUUAAACCGAACUGUAAAUAGUUGAGUUUAAUGUAUCACAUAGUUUUAUGUAAUUACAGAUAAUUAUAUUCUAUGACAUUUUAUGUAUAAUUUGUAUAUAAGUGUAUCUCACUGGAUAGUGUGUUCAGUGUGAGUUUUCAUUCCUAAAACACUUCAGCUGCUUUAGUUUUAUAUAAAGUUUUGGUGAUAUUUUAAAUUUUAUAUUUUUUUACAUUCUUUGUAGGUUAUAUUUACAACUGUUUAUUUUCUAGUACUGAUGACUUCAGUGGCCCCUUUCAGUAUACUGAAUGUAUUAUAAACCUAGUGCUUUUUGUGCAUAUUGUACAAAAGCACUCAUUCCCACAUUUCACAAAAACAGGUUUAUUAAAAUGAAUAAGUGA